UGUUUCUCUACAGUUCAGUUGGUUCCAGCGGUCAGUAUCAGCAGUAGGAAAAGUUGUCAAUAACGACAUUGGAAGGUUGAGUCGCUGUUACGCAAAGUCCAAGUUAUUUGUGCCGUCGUUACGCACACACUGGCGGGUUGGAGGAGCCCAUCUCUUCUCCGGGGAAACUGAAAGGACCGAGGAGGAGGAACUAACGGAGAAGACCAAAGCAACUUCUAAAUCAUUUAACCAGCGUUUUGAAAACUUGGGAGAAUUUGAAGUGGAUUUUCAGAAAGUGUUACCAUGAGGUCCCUGCUCCUGUCUCCAGUCUUGGUCCUGGUUUUGGUCGUGUUCCAGGUUGAUCCGGUCUGCGGGGGUAAAAUCCUGGUGUUCCCAGGUGAGUUUAGUCACUGGCUGAACAUGAAGAGUUUGAUCCUGGAGCUGCACCGACGAAACCACUCCAUCAGCAUCAUCGUGCCAUCAGGAACUCCAUCGGUCAAGUACAACGACACAGAGCUGCAAAAGACCUUCAACUUUAUUGUGUUUGAGGUUCCUUUCACUGCCCAAGAGUACAUGAUCUUUCUGGAGGAGUUCAUGCACUUCUCCAUGUACGAGUCCCACAAAGCGUCCAUUAUGACCAAAGUUCGUCUGACGUACUCUUGGCUGAGUCAUUCCGUGACCAUACAGAAACAGACGUGCUAUGGAAUCGUCCACAACGCCGCGCUGAUGUCUCAAUUACGCAACGCCAAAUUCGACCUGGUGCUGUGGGACCCCAUGAGCGCCUGUGGUGACCUGGUGGCAAAGCUACUCGAUCUUCCCAUAGUGGCUUCUCUAAGAUUUUCAUUCGGUGCUGUGGUAGAACGUCACUGUGGCCACGCCCACUUACCUCCGAGCUACGUGCCCUCCUCCCCUCUGCCGUACAGUGACAUCAUGACCUUUAGUGAAAGAGUGACCAGUUUUCUGACCAACCUGCUGAGCUCCGCAGUGUCUGAAUUGUUCUGGAUGGUCACAAUGAAUGGAUUCUACUCAGAAGUUCUAGGGCAGUCGACCACCGCGUGUGAAAUGAUCGGUCGAACGGACAUGUGGCUGAUCAGAACUUACUGGGACAUCGAGAGUCCAAGGCCCCUCCCCCCAAACUUUCGCUAUGUGGGCGGGCUCCACUGUAAACCGGCCAAUCCGCUGCCAGCAGAUCUUGAAGAGUUUGUGAGCUCGGCUGAAUCUGGGCUGGUGAUCGUCACGUUUGGCUCCAUGAUAACAAACCUGACGAUGGAGCGUGCUGAGGUCAUCGCCACUGCACUGGCCCAGAUCCCACAGAAGGUGAUCUGGAGGUACAGUGGACCCACUCCUCGCUCUCUGGGACCAAACACCAAAUUGCUGGACUGGAUUCCUCAAAAUGACCUCCUCGGCCACCCUCAGACACGCGCCUUUGUGGCCCAUGGCGGCACUAACGGUCUGUAUGAGGCGCUAUUCCACGGUGUGCCUAUAGUGGGCAUACCGCUCUUUGGUGACCAGUCGGAUAACAUCGCCCGUCUGAAGCGCCAAGGGGGCGCCAUCAUGCUCAACUUCAACACCAUGACAUCACAGGAAAUAACGUCAGCCAUCAAUGAGGUCAUCAACAAUCCCAGCUACAGGCAGAGCACCCUAAAAGCGUCAAAGAUACACAGGGACCGUCCCCUCUCCGCCCUGCAGGAGGCAGCGUUCUGGGUGGAGUUUGUCAUGAGGAACGGAGCGUCUCACCUGCGGCUGGCCUCCUACGAGCUCAACUGGUUCCAGUACUACAGUCUGGACGUCGCCGCCUUCCUGCUGAUCGUCAUGGUCAUUGCUAUCGCUGUCAUGGCAACUAUCAUCAAAAAGGGACUGAGACUGGGGCGAAGACUGGUCCAGAGAUCCAGACCGCAUCAGGACUGAAGCCAAGAAUAGACAAGGACUGAAUCAGAACUGAGCCAGAAAUGAGCCAGAAAUGAGCCAAAACCGAGCCAGGACUGAACCAGG